CCGCCGCCGCCGCCGCCGCCGCCGCCGCCGCCGCCCUCGGGUCCGGCCCUAGCAGAGCUGAACACUCCCUCGCGUGGGCCUGGGGCAGUUGGGCAGCCAUCCCCAGAGGCCGCGGGAACACUCUAGAGGGCCACCCGAGGGACCCCCUUCACCCCUUCAUCGUGGAGAUCAGAGGCAGACGAGGGAGGCCCUAGCAGCUGCCCCAGCACCCCAGGCCAUGUCAGAGCGAGAGGAGCGGCGCUUUGUGGAGAUCCCGAGGGAGUCAGUGCGGCUCAUGGCCGAAAGUGCCGGGCUGGAGCUGAGCGAUGAGGUGGCAGCUCUUCUGGCUGAGGACGUCUGCUACCGGCUCAGGGAGGCUACCCAGAACAGCUCCCAGUUCAUGAAGCACACCAAACGGCGGAAGCUGACAGUGGAGGAUUUCAACCGUGCCCUGAGGUGGAGCAGUGUGGAGGCAGUGUGUGGCUAUGGCUCCCAGGAGACCCUUCCCCUGCGCCCUGCCAGGGAAGGUGACCUCUAUUUCCCUGAGGACCGAGAGGUGAACCUCGUGGAGCUGGCGCUGGCAACCAACAUUCCCAAGGGGUGCCCGGAGACAGCUGUGAGAGUUCACGUCUCCUAUCUGGAUGGUAAAGGAAAUGUGGAGCCUCAGGGAUCAGUGCCCAGCGCUGUCUCCUCACUGACCGAUGACCUGCUCAAGUACUACCAGCAGGUGACUCGAGCCGUGCUGGGGGACGACCCGCAGCUCAUGAAGGUAGCACUUCAGGAUCUGCAGACAAACUCCAAGAUAGCAGCUUUGGUGCCAUACUUUGUGUAUGUUGUCAGCGGGGUGAAGUCAGUGAGCCAUGACCUAGAACAGCUGCACCGGCUGCUGCAAGUGGCACGAAGCCUCCUCCGGAAUCCUCACCUGUGCCUGGGGCCCUACGUCCGCUCCUUGGUGGGCAGUGUUCUUUACUGUGUCCUGGAGCCACUGGCUGCCUCUAUUAACCCUCUGAAUGACCACUGGACGUUGCGUGAUGGAGCUGCACUCCUGCUCAGCCACAUCUUUUGGACCCAUGGGGACCUGGUGAAUGGCUUAUCACAGCAGAUCCUGCUGUCACUGCAGAAAGUGCUGGCUGACCCCGUGCGGCCUCUGUGCUCCCACUAUGGAGCUGUGGUGGGGCUGCAUGCCCUGGGCUGGAAGGCGGUGGAGAGAGUUCUGUACCCGCACCUCUCCACCUACUGGGCCAACCUGCAGGCUGUUCUGGACGAUUACUCCGUGUCCAAUGCCCAGGUGAAGGCAGAUGGACACAAAGUGUACGGAGCCAUCCUGGUGGCAGUGGAGCGUCUCCUCAAGAUGAAGGCGCAGGCUGCGGAGCCGGGCCGUGGCCGGAGCUGCCGGCGCCCGGAGGACCUGCCCUGGACUGGCCUCCUCCUGCACGAGUCCCCCACCGGGGAGCCGGGCUUCGGGCCAGGGGCGCCACUGGCUCCGGGGACCCCGGGGCUAGGGAGCCCGGCCCCUCCCGUGCCACUCGGGGACACCUAUCGGGAGCUCUACGCCUUCUUCGGGGACAGCCUGGCCACCCGCUUCGGCACCGGGCAGCCGCCGCCCACGGCCGCUCGGCCCCCCGGAGCCAAGAAGGAGCCCGCGGCCGUGACCGACGCCGUGCGCAAGAUGCCGCAGCUGACGGCCAGCGCCACGGUCAGCCCCCGGGACGAGGAGAGCCCCCGCGGGGCGACCCCGGGCGGCCCUGCCAACGCCCCCGCCCCGGCCCCCGCCGCCUCCGCCGGCGACAGCAGGCCCCUGCCCCGUGUGCACCGGCCCCGUGGGGCGCCCCGGCAGCAGGGACUGUGCUCGGGGGCCCGAGAUGUCUUCCAGAGGAGCCGCUUCGCCCCCAGGGGCGCCCCGCACUUCCGCUUCAUCAUUGCCGGGCGCCAGGCGGGCCGUCGCUGCCGCGGCCGCCUCUUCCAGACGGCCUUCCCGCCGCCGCAGGGCCCCAGUCCGGCCUCUCGCUACGCCCAGAAGCUGCCCAUGAUCGGCCGCACCUCGCGGCCAGCGCGCCGCUGGCUCCUGUCGGACUACUCGCUCUACCUGCCCCUGUGAGCGGGCGGGGCACGUAAGGAAGCGAACGAAUGAGCGAGCGCCUGCUCCAGGCUCCGCCCCCCCAGGGCCGCCUCCUCAAAGCGCCGGCUCUGCCUCCCGCUGUGAAGGGGCGCGGCUGGGCGAGGAAACGAGCGAAUGAGCGAGGGCCUGCUCCAGGCUCCGCCCCCCCAGGGCCGCCUCCUCAAAGUUCCGGCUCUGCCUCCCGCUGUGAAGGGGCGGGGCUGGGCGAGGAAGCGAGCGAAUGAACGAGCGCCUCCAGGCUCCGCCUCCGGGCCUGCCUCUCCACUGACUUGUACGGGCUCUAUCUCCUGUGAGGGGGUGCGGAGAGGAAGAGAACAGGCGAGCGCCUGCCCCCUUUCGGACUCCUUGGGUACUUCCAGCGGCAAGGCGAGGCGGAACCAGGUCCCUCCAGUCCUCCGCUAGAGCCCAGUGUGUAAUGAAGAGGCUAGGCCGGCCGCCCCUCUCGGGUUCUAGGGCGGGGCUAUCCGCCCUAAGGGCUCCUGCACCGGACAUGUGGCUCUCCGAGGCUCUGGGCAGAUGAAACCCCGGCUGAGCCACUGACUGGAGGUGGGCCUCGCCUCAGUUUCUCCGCCUGUAAACUGAGGAGAUGGGGGCGGAACCUUCUCUAGAGCCAAGGGGGCGGG